AUGUUGAAGCCGGUUGCAACUCCCUAUUAUCCCAUUCAGAGUGGUGAAACACCAAAGCUAUUAUAUACAUCUGCUAAUUUCUUGGGUAUUCCAACUAACAGAGGACAACCGAAAGUUGGUACUAAUCAAGGACCGGAAUUGAUUCGAAAAUCUAACUUUUUUCAACUUGUAUCUGAAGACGGAAUACAAUUAAUUGACUGUGGCGAUGUCAUACCGAUUGAAUUGACUGAAUCAGAGGAUCCACAACGUUUUGGAAUGAAAUGGUCACGGAGUUUUGCAUUAACUACUUUAAAAAUAGCUGACCGUGUGUCGGAAUUAGUGAAAGCUUCCAAUAAACUUACUGAAUCAAAUGAAUUAGAAUCAAAUCCAUUAGUCAUUGUUGGAGGUGAUCAUAGUAUGGCGACUGGAACGAUUCUUGGACAUGCCAAAGUUAAACCAGAUCUAUGCGUGUUAUGGAUCGAUGCUCAUGGUGACAUAAAUACUCCAAUGAAUUCAUCUUCUGGAAAUAUACAUGGAAUGCCUUUGAGCUUUUUAGUAAAAGAGUUACAAGAUCAAAUACCGCGGAUGGACGAUUUCAAAGACAUAAAACCUUGUUUGAAUGCCAGUAAUAUUGCCUAUAUUGGUCUGCGAGAUUUAGAUGUUCACGAAACAUAUGAUAUUAGAAAACUUGGUAUAGCUUAUUUUACAAUGCUAGACGUUGAUAGAAUGGGAAUAGAAGCAGUCAUUAAAGAAGCAUUACGAGCAAUCAAUCCAAGAUUAGAAAAAGCUAUCCACUUAAGUUUUGACAUUGAUGCAUUGGACCCUUCCAUAGCUCCGAGUACUGGCACUGCUGUUCCUGGUGGUUUGACAUUACGUGAAGGUUUAAGAAUAUGUGAAGAAGUUUCAGCAACAGGCAAACUUUCAUUAGUUGAAUUGGCUGAAUUAAAUCCUCUAUUAGGAUCGAAAGAAGAUGUUUCAAAAACUCAAUUAUCUGCUGUUCAUAUUUUAAGAGCAUGUUUAGGCCAUUGUCGUUCAGGACAUUUACCAUUCAAAGUUCGCACUUUCAAUGAUCAAAGUGUUAUGAAUCAUGUUGAACAUCGACCGAAAAAUCUAUGA